AUGGGAGAUUCCUGGCUGACCAAAGAGCAACUGAAAGUCUUGCGGCGUGCCAAUGAGGAUGAGGGAUUUCGUUUACCGAUUCCGACACAGGUCAUUUCAGACGGCGAAAUCUUCCCGCCCCCACAAUCGAAGCAGCAGGCCAUGGUCGAGGCGCUGCUCAAGGAAAGGGCCGGCGUUCUCGGCAAGCAACAUGGUCUGAACCGGCGUCAGUUUCUCAGAACCGCCUCUGGUAUGGCCGCAGCCUUCCUGGCCAUGAACGACGUGUAUGGCAAGGUUUUUACCGUCGAUCAGGCGGAAGCGGCGGAUUUCGAAGCGGCCGGCGCGCGCCUCGCGGCCUUGCGCGACCAAUUCAUCUUCGACGCCCAUACCCACCACGUCCACGAUGACUACACCUGGGAAGGGCAGCUCUUCCUGCUGCAAUACUCCCGGGGUGAUCAAGAGGCAGGGUUGCCGUCGUGGACGGGCGAGUUGGAGGGACGUGAGCUCGACCUGAAGUACUUCAAGUUCCCGCAUUACUUGUGCCGGAAAAAGCAGCUCCUCACGGAGGACCAGUUGGUGGCCAGCCGGAACUACAUCAACGGCAUGGCGCGCACCAAGCGAGUCUAUGCCCACGGUACGAUCUGGCCCAGCAAUCAACCGUUCCUCGACGAUAUGGACCGGCAGGCCGAGGAGCUCAAGAUCGACUCCUGGAAGGGCUAUACGAUCGGCGAUCCGUUGGGGCUCGUGCCGGAGGCCAAUUUUCCCUGGCGGCUGGAUGACGAGAAGGUCACCUAUCCAGCCUAUGAGAAGGCCAUGAAGUACGGCAUCAAGAACCUCUGCAUCCAUAAAGGAUUGCUGCCGGUUGACUGGAAGUCCUUCGACAACUGGCCUUACGCCGCGGUGGAUGAUGUGGUCAAAGCGGCGAAAGAUUGGCCUGAACUGAACUUCAUCAUCUACCACUCGGGUUUCAGGGCCUUCAUGGACGUACGGCAGUUUGCCGAGGAGUUUGAGCAAAGCGGCAAGAUUCCGUGGGUCGAUGAUCUGGCCGAGAUCCCGAAGAAGCACGGUCUCACUAAUGUUUAUGGUGAGAUCGGAUUGUCCUUUGCAUCGUGCGUUACGACCUACCCCAGGGUCGCAGCCGCCAUGCUGGGCCGGCUUAUCCAAGGCAUGGGCGCCGACCACGUCAUCUGGGGUACGGACUCGAUCUGGUUCGGCUCUCCCCAGUGGCAGAUCGACGCUUUUCGGCGUCUCGAUAUGCCCAUGGACCUGCAGGAGAAAUUCGGCUUUGCUCCCUUGGGUCCUGCGGAUAGCGAGGUCAAAAAGGCCAUCUUGGGCUACAACUCAGCGAGGAUGUACGGACUGGGGCUCACGGCCGAUGGCCGGCCGGUCGAGGCAUUUGAGAAGGAUCGACUGGCACGUCUGAGGAAUGACUAUCUUGCCGCCGGCGGGAUGCGUGACAACAUUUACUGGGGCUGGAUCCAUCAACAGGAUCGGGCGCCUGCCUAG